CCCAAGUCAAUUCAUCUUGCCCACACGACUCCGUGCUCUUCCGUCUCUUUCAACUUCGGUUCUGCAACUUCGACUCCGAUAGGAGGGUUGAGACGAUCUUCCAGACCCCGCCCCGUCUGUGCCCCGGACAGGGUAACCUCGCAACGCAUAGUAGUCGCCCAUCAACCUCAGAUCACAAGAGUGUCGUUAACGAUCUCAAAAUCUGGAACCUAACUUCUCUCGUCGCCUGUGCUCUGACCGACGCCGCUAUCCGCAUCCCACCACGAUUUGACAAAGGAUCAUACUGGGUUCCGGAGCGAGCACCGAUAUGCUCGGAUCCGGGAACCCUCGGUGACAUAUAAACGAAUCAAUAACUGCUUACGCGCUGGCUGCGAAUAUGUUUACCGAGGGACAUGGCUCUUCGGAUGCCGCCAGCGGCUCUCAAGAGCAGCAGGGCCCUUCAUCGCCCUCCGCGCCUCAUACACCGCCUCCCAUGCCGAAGGAUCCAACCUUCCUAGAUCACCUUGAGAUGCUCUCGACGCGCAUACCCGGUGUUUGGAUUACACCCUUCUGUGGAGCCAGUGCGGGUGUAGCCUCUGGUAUUGUGACAUGUCCGUUGGAUGUGAUCAAGACAAAAUUACAGGCCCAAGGUGGGUUUGCGCGACGGCGCGGUGAAGCUGUUGAGACGAAAGCUUUGUACCGGGGUAUGCUGGGCACUGGAAGGGUAAUUUGGAGGGAAGAUGGAAUCCGAGGGCUUUACCAGGGACUGGGCCCCAUGCUUCUGGGGUACCUUCCGACGUGGGCUGUCUAUUUGGCCGUUUAUGAUCGGUCUCGGGAGUAUUUUUACGAGACUACCGAUAGUUGGUGGCUCUCAAGAGGGUAUGCCUCUCUAACAGCUGGCGCCUGCUCUACACUCGCGACGAACCCGAUAUGGGUCAUAAAGACGCGGCUCAUGUCUCAGAGCCUCAAAUCUAGUAGCGAAGGGUAUCGGGCUCCGUGGCAGUAUAAAAGCACUUGGGACGCCGCUCGCAAGAUGUACAGGAGUGAAGGAAUUCGCUCAUUCUACUCAGGACUCACACCGGCACUCUUAGGCUUGACGCAUGUUGCUAUUCAAUUCCCGCUCUACGAGUACUUGAAGAUGGCUUUUACCGGUUAUGGGAUCGGAGAACAUCCCGACAGCGGCAGCUCUCACUGGUUUGGGAUUACUGCCGCAACGUUUCUCAGCAAGGUCUGCGCUAGCACCGUCACGUAUCCGCACGAAGUGCUACGGACGAGACUUCAGACUCAACAGCGCACGUCCCCGGCCUCUUCACCAGAGGAAAUUGCAUUUCGUGGUGGACUGGACCAUCCUCAGGACCGAGGUCGCCCUCCAGGUGCGGCCUCAUCGGACGGCAUGCCCAAUCGGCCGCGAUACACAGGCGUCAUCCGCACCUGCCAGACGAUUCUCAGAGAAGAAGGCUGGCGCGCAUUCUAUUCCGGGAUUGGCACGAAUCUUUUCCGUGCUGUCCCGGCUGCCAUGACUACCAUGCUUACCUAUGAAUAUCUUCGGAAAUCCAUCUCGCAUAUACAACAUGAAGGAAAGCUGAAGCUGGAAGUGCAGGCGGGCAGAGCCGGUGAUUCCUCCGACGCAAUAUAAAUUAUUAGAUGUUUAAAUCAUGGUUACAAGGACACGCAAUUGUGAAUGUUGCUUACCACUUGUCAACCCUCAUGAUGAUUUUAGAGACUACGGCUUCUCAUGUUCAAACUGCAUACAUUUUCCACAUCGCUCUAUUGGCAAUGGCUCGACCUUUUAUCAAUAGUGAUGCCGGGGUAGAGUGACGGGGCCUAACAUGGGAAGCUUCCAUCAUUUCAUGUCCUUGUGGUUUAUUCUCUUGUGGUACUGAGCGUCUUGUCUUUCAUGAACAGAUAGGUCAUCGAUGCAAUUGUAUAUAUUCUGUCAUACCUCCUUGCCUUCUAGUCC